CCUCCAGUACUACGUCUGCUGUCUCUGCCGCCGUCGCCGCUGCCGCGGCUUGUUCUUCCUAAAAUGGCGCCGCUGGAUCUGGACAAGUAUGUGGAGAUAGCGCGGCAGUGCAAGUACCUUCCCGAGAACGACCUGAAGCGGCUGUGUGACUAUGUUUGUGAUCUACUCUUGGAAGAGUCAAAUGUUCAGCCAGUGUCAACACCAGUAACAGUGUGUGGAGACAUACAUGGACAGUUCUAUGAUCUUUGUGAACUGUUCAGAACUGGAGGUCAGGUUCCUGACACAAACUACAUAUUUAUGGGUGAUUUUGUAGACAGAGGUUACUAUAGUUUGGAGACCUUCACUUAUCUUCUUGCACUAAAGGCUAAAUGGCCUGAUCGUAUUACACUUUUAAGAGGAAAUCAUGAGAGUAGACAGAUAACACAGGUGUAUGGAUUUUAUGAUGAGUGCCAAACCAAAUAUGGAAAUGCUAAUGCCUGGAGAUAUUGUACCAAAGUUUUUGACAUGCUCACAGUAGCAGCUUUAAUAGAUGAGCAAAUUUUGUGUGUUCAUGGCGGCUUAUCUCCUGAUAUAAAAACACUGGAUCAAAUUCGAACCAUUGAACGAAAUCAGGAAAUUCCUCACAAAGGAGCAUUUUGUGACCUGGUUUGGUCAGAUCCUGAAGAUGUUGACACUUGGGCAAUCAGUCCCAGAGGAGCAGGUUGGCUUUUUGGAGCAAAAGUCACAAAUGAGUUUGUUCAUAUCAACAACUUAAAACUCAUCUGCAGAGCACAUCAACUUGUGCACGAAGGCUAUAAGUUUAUGUUUGAUGAGAAGCUGGUCACAGUGUGGUCUGCUCCUAACUACUGCUAUCGAUGUGGAAACAUUGCUUCCAUCAUGGUCUUCAAAGAUGUCAAUACAAGAGAACCAAAGUUAUUCCGGGCAGUUCCAGAUUCAGAGCGUGUUAUUCCUCCCAGAACCACGACACCAUAUUUCCUUUGAGGCCAUUGCCAUCCCACUGGCCUACUUUUUGCCCUCUUUUACU